GGAAGGUAGCGACGGAAAACAAAACACGAAACAAAGAAAAUCCCUUUCCCUCCGCCGGCGCGAUUUCGGUACGACUAGAGUCCACAUUCCGGCGAAUUCCUCGAAUUCUUAGCUUCCUAACGUUAUCAAGUUCCCAGUUUGUAGUGUCGCCUGACGAAGGGGAAGAGACCUAGGGAUUCUUUUCCCCCAUCCGAAGAAGUGAGGACCGAAGCCGCCGUUGGUCGAAGCUCCGUUUCCAGCUCUCGAAUCUUCUCUGGCUCCAGUGAUUUGGGGGUAGUACUGUGCUUGUUGAAUAAAAAGUCAUGAACGUAGAAAUCGACCACUACAAGGUUUUGGGGCUGCCUUCCGGAGAGGAAGGGUCAAAGCUCACCGAGAAGGAGAUAUCCAAGGCAUACAAGUUCAAAGCUUUGGAAUUGCACCCAGAUAAGAGGCCUGACGAUCCAAAUGCGCAGGAAAACUUCCAGAAACUGAAAUCUUCCUAUGAGAUUCUUAAAGAUGAGAAGGCUCGAAAGCUGUUCGAUGAUCUGCUACGAGUUAAGCGAGAGCAGGAAGCCAGAAGGUCUCAGCAGGAUUCGAAGCGUAGAAAGAUGGUCUCGGACCUUGAGGAUAGAGAACGGGCGGCUUUUGCUCCUGACCCUGCAGCUAAGGCUCGUGCUGAAGAGGAGAGGAUUGUCAGGAAGCUGAAGGAGGAGAUUGAGAGGAUAAAGGCUAUGCACUCAAGUAAAGGAGGACAGGCAGCUGCAGCUUCAGAAUCGAAGAGGAAGGAGAGAGAAGCAUCAGCUAAGGGGGGUGGGGUUGAUUUGGACAAGGGGAAAAUGCUUAAGGUGUCUUGGGAGAAAGUGGGUGUGGGUUAUACUGCAGAAAGGUUGAGAGAGAUAUUUUCCAGGUUUGGUGAAGUUGAAGACCUUGUCAUCAAGGGCUCCAAGAAGAAAUGCUCGGCCCUUGUUGUUAUGGCUACUCAGGAAGCUGCGGUUGCUGCCACUAGAAUAGUCUUGGGUGAACUUUCCAAUCCUCUUCUAGUGUUACCAGUUCAAGCAGCUCAAGCAAACGACUUUCCUCCACCCAAACAGCAAGCACCGGAAUUCGAUGGAAUAACUAAUUUGGUUGGAGCUGGUUACAAGGCAUACGAGGAUUCCGUUUUCGAAAAGCUUCAAAAGGCUGCAGCAAGAAACCAGAAAUGAGAUACAUAAGGGCUUUAGUAUGGAUGAUGCGUGGCUCUAGUUUCUCAUAGCCAAAACACGAAGGGCACUCUUCAUUCUCUUCAGGAUUACUGUGCCCCAGAAGAAGUGGUUUCUUUUCUGGAUCUGAUUCCGAAACGUUUUCAUCUUCAUGGGUACAAUUUACCAAUUUACUAACACCAUUACAUAAUCCUGACUAGCACAUGGUUGUAGUAACUUUGCAACAUGAAGUGAGGGGUUAGAUUGCUAUUCCAAAUAUCAGGCAUCCUUGUUAUUAGACCAUCUUGCUAGAUUGUUAAAAAUGUAUCCUUGCUAGAAGUUUACGACCACCUCACCAUAGUACCUACUACCUAGGAUGCUUUGUCUUCCUUUCCAUUGGCUUGUGGCUUUCUUGUCGGAGACCAACUGGCUAGCUGUUGCAACAAACCUUCAACUUGACACCACUUUUGGAACUGUUCCCUUUGUAUAUGAACUCGGCUUCGGUGGUUUGAGUUAAGAGUCUUGUCAUGAUGUACUAGAAUAGCUUAAAGAAUCUCUCUACCCCAUUUCAGUUGUCAUGCUUUGGUAGUGAUAGAACAUUGCGCCCUGUGGAUUUGAAAGAAAGCCUGGUGUUACUCCAACAGGGUUUUGGAAUCUUGUGCAGAAAAAAAGUUGGAAUGUGAAUGUUGUUGUUUGUUACUGCUGCUAGCUAGUAUAGUAAGCAAGCUACGCAGAGCACUAAACAGCAGGCUUUGAAGGCAGGCUCACUCCCACUCUCUCUGCCAAUAGUACUAUAGCAUUUGAAUGUCGAUGGAUGGGCAGUGAAAAGAGGUUGAAAAAGUUCAUCAAUUUUUUAUGUGUAAAAAGUGCAGCAGCCAAGCAGGGGAGCACGCACAGGUAAAGGGGAAUGCGCACUCAUUUGAAUAUGAAUUGCUGUGCAAAGGUGUGGUGUGCAGAAGCAACAAGGGUGGCUUUGUUUAUUUGUUGGUAAUGACAAACUUAGAAUUCUGUUUUUUUACUUCUAUGUGGAAAGUUGAAGGGAAGAGCUGUGGCAAUCUGGUGUCUCUCCUCUAAACUUUAUUACCAUUUAGGUCAAUUGAUGCACUUCAUCUGUUGAUAAUGGCCAACAACUUCUAACGAGA